UCUUUCUUCUCUUUGUAAAAUUAUAUUUCCUUGAGUUUCCAAAUUUGCAGUGGCACAUAAGAACCCCAUAGGCACAUGCACCUUUGUAUUUGAGGGCUUGAUACCCUUUCUUUGGUUCCCUUCCUUCAAUUUCCCCUAAAUAAAAUUUAAAAAAAAAAAACUGUUCCUUUUUUGUGUUAUUUUUUCAACAUUCAUAGUUUCUCUCUCUUUAAAAAAAAAAAAAAACAAACGAAGGGCCUCUCCACCCUUCUCUCUCUCUACAAUCCCUUCACUUUGAUUUUCUGUCUUCAAUGCUAACCCAUGAUCCUCUACAUGUAAUCCCACCAUACCUAACCUAAAACCCUUUUGAUCUCUCGUACACACACCAUGUCUCAAGGAUCUCCCCCUCCACCACCACCUUCUCCUCCGCAAGACGCCAGCCAACCCUUGCCGGAACCCGAUUCACGCAAGGAGGAAACCGCCGCCACCACCACCACCACCGGCGCCGCCGAUGCCGCUGCCACAGUUCCUCCUGCCACUACCCGUACCCGCCCCUCCCGCGCCUGCACCAUUCGCACUGCCGCACGGCUCUACGCGGCGUCGCAGCCGGCGAUCGAGCGGAGGCCGAAGGCGGCGAAGAAGGAGGCGCGUCGCGAGAAGUCGCUGUCGCCGCAGCCUCAGCAAUGCAGCAAGAUCGUGACGGCGCUGGUGGAACCGCCUCCACCGGCGCAGUUGCCGCGCUAUAACCUACGGUCAAUGUGGGAGUUAGCUUCAAUACUCAAUUUCUUGCAUCUGUUUAGGCCUCUUUUGAAUAUAUCAGUAGAAUUUUCUGCUGAAGAGUUUGAGACGGCUCUUCUCACCCCCAAUGACACGUUGGGUGAUAUACAUAUGCCUUUGCUAAAGGCCAUCCCUCCCAUUACACGAAUGGCACUCUCACGUGAUACUUGGAUAACUGUAUUAUGCAGAAAAUUGAGAGAUUGGUGGCAUUGGGUAGCUGAUGGGGAUCUUCCUAUUGUUGCUUCACAUGGGGCGGAGGUUGAAGUCUAUAAAGCACUUGAUCCAGGGGUUCGUGUGGUCAUCUUAAAAGCAUUAUGUGACAUUCGUGUUGAGCAAGAAGAUAUCCGGAGUUACAUUGACAACUCCCUCAAACAUGGCGUUCAACUUUUGACAUUCCGUAAGGAGCGUGUUGGUGGCGAUUCUCACGGAAUUUCUUAUUGGUAUGAAGAUGACCCAAUCAUUGGUCAUAGGUUAUAUCGGGAAAUAAGGAAAACUGAAGUGGUUCAACUGAAGAAAGGGAAACCAAGGGGCUCCCAGGUUCUUUCUAAUACAUCAUAUCAGUGGGAAACAGUUGCUACCAAUUUUGAUGAAUUUCAAGAUGUUUCUGAGAAGCUUUUCUCAAGUAAAAACAGAACGGAGGCUUCUGUAGGGAAAAAGGUGAAGAUAGACAUGCUCCCUGAAAUUGAGAAAGUUCACAAGAGAAAGGAAAGGUUGCUGAAAAAACAACACAGACAAGCUCUUCUUCUUGACAAUUUCUUGGGUGUAGAUGGGCUUGCCCCAGGGCGUUCACUUCGUGACCGGAAACCUGUUACCUACACUUUCGAUGAUUACGAUCGAUCCAUCAAUGAGGCAAUUAAGAUAACCAAACGGAAACCACCAUCUCCAGAACCUAUACUCGGCAGGAGAGAAGCAGGAGCAAAACCUGAAGCUUUAACUAAUGGUAACUGGAGUGGUCCUUCACAUGCACCUCAACAUCUAAAUUUUGAUAUGCCAUCUCCUAAAUCACCUGACUUUGAUGAUGUGGAGGAAGAGAAUCAAAACGAUGCAUUGGAUCGAAGCAAUCGUAGAAGACAGAGGCCUAAAAGGUAUUCAGAGAAAGAGUUUGUUGAAGCAGUAUCAGACAAUGAGGCUGACUUUGACAGUGAUGAUGAUAUUGUUGGAGAAGCUGUAUAUGAUGAAGAAUAUCUCCGGAAACGUAAGCAGAGGAGGGUUUCUAGUAGCUCUGCCUCUGAAGGAGAUGAAGAAUAUCAUUGGGAUGAAGAUAAUGUUGAAGAAGAAGAAGAAGAUGAUGAAGAAGAUUCCUUAAGUGUUAGUGAAGAUAGUGACAAGCCUCGUAAAUUCAAGCAACUGUCAGGUCGUACUAGGAGGGAAACUAAACUCAGGUCUGUGGGUGAGAUUCAAUCAGGCCUGAGACGCAGUAAGAGGGCAACAAGAAACCGUAUAAAUUACCGACAGUACGACAUGUCUGAUUCAGAAACAGAGUUUAUUAUACCUGAUAAGUCUAAUGUAUCAGAUGAGCACUCAGAGCCUAGUGAGAAUGGGGAAUAUAUGAUGGAAAGUGAAGAUUCAGAUGGAAACGAUGAUGAAGAUCAAGAAACCAAAGUAGAUGAGCCUGUUACUUAUCCUGCAGAAGGAAACAGCCAAUAUCCUGCUGUAGAAGAGAAUGAACAAAACCAAAAUCAGCCUCCUGAAAAAUCAAGUAGUCCUGGUCAGGAGGAAGUUGAGGGCACGGGAAAGAGACGUUUCCUUGAUUUGAAUGAGCUGGCUCCUAGCUCAGGUUUUGAUGAUGGUCCAAAUACAACAACGAAAGAUGAAGGCAAUGAUGAUUACUGAAGCUUCCCCUUCUGCUUGAUAGUAAGGAUGGUAGUUUUCUAUCGGGGAAGCCAAGUGACGUGUAUGAUAAUAGAACUAUAAAUUUUGUUAUAUGCCUCAAAGGAAGUUAUGAGCAGAUUUCUUCCUAUGGCAAUCUAAGCAGCCCUUGGUGCAUGAUUUGCCACCAGAAGCAGCAUGAUACUGAGUUGUGUAGAUUAGGUAGUCAUUUUUUAGUAUUUAGUACUUCUACAUUCAAAGGGUCUACGAAAAUGAAUGAGAAUUUGUUGGGCGUUAUUUGGCCCAUCCAAUCGGUGUACAAUAACUGUUAACAAGUACUGUAACUUUAAAUAGAUAUGGCUGUUAGAUUAUCAAGCCCUGUAGUUCUAUUUUUUUUUUUCAUGGACUCGAUAGUGGUCUUCUUUUGAGCCAUAGGGUUGACCGCCUUUCUUUGUUAAUCUGAUCAGAUUAAAAAAAAUGGUCUUUCACUUUU